CAUGGCCACAUUCCCGUAUACGCUAAUCGCGUGUCCCUGCACCUCUUUCACCUCCCCUUCCGACAUCAAUCCAUCAUCAAUAGAAGACCCGGACGAUGACACAACCUUCAAUCCUCAUCACAUUCGCGCAAACUUCUCGCUAUACCCCUAUGAGCACUUACUUUACUGUGAUGAAUGUCACCAGAUCAGAUGCCCCAGGUGCUGGGCCGAGGAAAUCCUGAACUGGUUUUGUCCAAGCUGUCUGUUCGAGGUUCCUAGUAGUGUAGUCAAAAGCGAUGGUAACAGAUGUACUCGCAAUUGUUACAACUGUCCCACUUGCACUUCUCCACUUUCUAUCAACGGUCUAGACUCUUCAACAAAGGACCAUCUAGCUCCUCCGGACGCCAAUCAACCCACUGGUCCCUUCUUCUUAUCAUGUCCCUAUUGUGACUGGUCAUCGUUAGAUGUUGGUAUACAGUUCAACAAGCCCACCAAAAUCACAGAUCAACUGAUCAGGAUGCGCUCCGGAAACCGUUCACCUUCACCAAGCAGGACAAGAUCUACUAGGACGAGCCUCGCGCCUGCAGAUGAGCUGUCAUCAACAGAUCCAGAUUCCACUCCUCCCUCACAACCGAUGCAAGAUAGAUUUGCAACUCUGAGCCGCUUCUACAAGGACCAAAUGGCUGACGCAUCUGGUGCUGGUCCGAAUGGAUUCUCGGAUGGUAGCAAUUUCAACUCGCCUAAUAGUCUGGCACGUAUCAUGANNGGUAUCUACGGUGGUCUAUCGCACACUGCCCUGAAAAAGGCACGUGAGAGACCACAACCAAUGCGCGAAGCCCUCAAUACAACCGAAGGCCUUGAAUUAUUAUCUCAUUCAGUAGACGCUGAAGCCACAGCGAUUGAAAAGCUACGCACCGAAGGCUACGAAGGAACCACAACCUUGUCACAGCGGGUCAGUCAUCCGUACAACCACCGUGUACGCUUCAAUGACCAGCUCUGGCCUAUCGCUACACUUCUACGGACACGUCGCAGCAAGCGAUGCCGUACUUGCCGUCACAUUAUCGCUCGUCCAGAGCCCAAGAUGGGAAGUACGCGCUACAAGAUUCGUCUUCUGGCUCAAAACAACAUACCUCGCUUGGCUUUGCGUCUUCUCUCACCCAGCGCUUCGUCGGCUCCUGCGUCUUCUUUCGCACUUACCCCCGCAGCACUACAGGCUCAGCACAACACCGAAUACGAGAAGUUGAGACCGGGAUUACCUGUGCAGUUCCUCCUCACAUUGACGAACCCGUUGUUCGAGCCUGUCCGCAUCACGCUAGCCACACCCGCUACUACACCUGGUAAUGUAGCAUCACGUGUCACAGUGCUCUGCCCUACUUUCGCCAUAGGUGCCGCGAGCGACAUGUGGGACCCAGAUGCCAUCUCUAGCGGAUCGGCANAAGACCAGUCUGCCGAAGACAGACAACCCGAAGCAGGAAAAGUGUGGGAAAAGGGUCGCAACUGGACGACGGUUGUUGUAGAAGUGGUACCCGGCAGACUAGACAAGAAAGCAGAAAAUGGAUCGGGUGAUGAGAGCAAGGGUGCGGACGAGGAUGUGCUGGAGAUUCCAGUGUUUGUACGUGUGGAGUGGGAAGCGGAAGUGACGGCUGAAGAUGCCGCUGCAACGGGAGCAGCAAAGGGCACCAAGGAGAGCAGAGAGAUUGCUUUCUGGAGUGUGUUGGGUGCGGGCAAGAUAGCUGAACCU